UUGAUAUGUCUAUUUCCGGGUGAAGUUCUCUCUCUUUUUACAAAAUGGCUCCUAAACCGAAACCCACGGAUAAGUCAGCCAGCAAACCAGCCGAAAAAAAGACAGAAAAGAAAACUGAGAAGAAGCCAGCUACUGCAGCUUCAACGUCAAAAGUUACAAAGCCAGCUGCCAAAACAUCUACAACUGCAAAGAAAACAACAGUUGCUAAAUCAGCAAGUUCUACAAAACCUACAACAAAACCAACAGCAAAACCUGCACCCAAAGUUGCUGCAAAACCUGUAAUUACAAAACCUAAGAAAAAUGUUCAACCUCCGAAGAAAACACCCAAAGGUGGAAGACCAGCUGCACCACUUCAAAAAGCACUUAAAGCACAAAAAAAGAUACUAAAAGGUGUUCAUGGAUCAAGAGUAAGGAAAAUAAGGACAUCUGUGCACUUCUAUCGGCCCAAAACAUUUAGGCCACCAAGGAAUCCAAAAUAUGCAAGAAAAUCUGUUCCAAACAGAAAUUGCAUGGAUGCAUUUAAUAUUAUAAAAUUUCCUUUAACUACUGAAGCUGCUAUGAAAAAAAUUGAAGACAACAACACAUUAGUUUUUAUUGUGCAUACUCGUGCUAAUAAGUAUCACAUUAAAGCCUCUAUUAAAAAACUGUACUAUGUUAAUGUAGCUAAAGUUAACACUUUGAUUAGGCCAGAUGGUAAAAAGAAAGCGUAUGUACGUUUAACUCGUGAUUACGAUGCACUUGAUGUUGCCAAUAAAAUCGGUAUAAUAUAAGUGUAUCUAUGUGUGACUGGUAUGAAGGGAAAGUGUAUCUGUGCUAAUAAAAUAUAUUGAUACAAAAGAA